UUUUAUUUUUUAGAUUAUUUCUCUUUAUUCAGAAGCAUAAAGUUGUUUGCUGAUUGCAAGAAGAUGUUUCUUUGGCUCUUUCUGAUUUUGUCAGCCCUGCUUUCAUCGACAACUGCAGAUUCUGAUAUAUCGGUGGAAAUUUGCAAUGUGUGUUCCUGCGUAUCAGUUGAGAAUGUUCUCUAUGUGAACUGUGAGAAGGUUUCAGUCUACAGACCCAAUCAACUGAAACCCCCAUGGUCUAAUUUCUAUCACCUCAAUUUCCAGAACAAUUUUUUAAAUAUCCUUUAUCCAAAUACAUUCUUGAAUUUUUCACAUGCAGUAUCCCUGCAUCUGGGAAAUAAUAAACUGCAGAACAUUGAGGGAGGAGCCUUUCUCGGGCUCAGUGCAUUAAAGCAGUUACACUUGAACAACAAUGAAUUAAAGAUUCUCCGAGCUGACACUUUCCUUGGCAUAGAGAACUUGGAGUAUCUCCAGGCUGACUACAAUUUAAUCAAGUAUAUUGAACGAGGAGCCUUCAAUAAGCUCCACAAACUGAAAGUUCUCAUUCUUAAUGACAAUCUGAUUUCGUUCCUUCCUGAUAAUAUUUUCCGAUUCGCAUCUUUGACCCACCUGGAUAUACGAGGGAACAGAAUCCAGAAGCUCCCUUAUAUUGGAGUUCUGGAACACAUUGGCAGGGUUGUUGAGUUGCAACUGGAAGAUAACCCUUGGAACUGCAGCUGUGAUUUGUUGCCCUUAAAGGCUUGGCUGGAGAAUAUGCCAUAUAACAUUUACAUAGGAGAAGCUAUCUGUGAAACUCCCAGUGACUUAUAUGGAAGGCUUUUAAAAGAAACCAACAAACAAGAAUUAUGUCCUAUGGGCACAGGCAGUGAUUUUGAUGUGCGCAUUCUGCCUCCAUCUCAGCUGGAAAAUGGCUACACCACUCCCAAUGGUCACACUACUCAAACAUCCUUGCACAGACUUGUGACCAAACCACCGAAAACAACCAAUCCUUCCAAGAUCUCUGGAAUCGUGGCAGGCAAAGCCCUCUCUAAUCGUAAUCUCAGUCAGAUUGUGUCCUAUCAAACAAGAGUGCCUCCUCUUACACCAUGCCCAGCACCUUGCUUUUGCAAAACACAUCCUUCAGAUUUGGGGCUGAGUGUGAACUGCCAAGAGAAAAAUAUACAGUCCAUGUCUGAGCUGACACCAAAACCUUUAAAUGCCAAGAAGUUGCAUGUCAAUGGCAAUAGCAUCAAAGAUGUGGACAUUUCAGACUUCUCAGAAUUUGAAGGGCUGGAUUUGCUCCAUUUAGGCAGCAAUCAGAUUACGGUGAUCAAAGGAGAUGUAUUCCACAAUCUUACUAAUUUACGCAGGCUGUAUCUCAAUGGUAAUCAAAUCGAAAGGCUGUAUCCUGAGAUAUUUUCAGGCCUUUAUAACCUGCAGUAUCUGUAUUUGGAAUACAAUUUGAUUAAGGAAAUCUUAGCAGGCACCUUUGACUCCAUGCCCAAUUUGCAGUUACUGUAUUUAAACAAUAAUCUCUUGAAGAGCCUGCCUGUUUACAUUUUUUCUGGAGCACCUCUUGCUAGACUGAACCUGAGAAACAACAAAUUCAUGUACCUGCCUGUCAGUGGAGUUCUUGAUCAGCUGCAGUCUCUUACACAGAUUGACUUGGAGGGCAACCCAUGGGACUGUACUUGUGACUUGGUAGCAUUAAAGCUGUGGCUGGAAAAGUUAAAUGACGGGAUUGUUGUGAAGGAACUGAAAUGUGAGACACCUGUUCAGUUUGCCAGCAUCGAACUGAAGUCCCUCAAAAAUGAAAUCUUAUGUCCUAAACUUCUAAAUAAGCCAUCUGCACCAUUCACAAGCCCUGCACCUGCUAUUACAUUCACCACCCCAUUGGGUCCCAUUCGAAGUCCUCCUGGGGGGCCAGUGCCUCUGUCUAUUUUAAUCUUGAGUAUACUAGUGGUUCUCAUUUUAACUGUGUUUGUCGCUUUUUGCCUUCUUGUUUUUGUGCUACGACGCAACAAGAAACCCACAGUGAAGCACGAAGGUCUGGGGAAUUCUGAAUGUGGCUCUAUGCAACUGCAGCUAAGGAAGCACGACCACAAAACCAAUAAAAAAGAUGGACUGAGCACAGAAGCCUUCAUCCCACAAACCAUAGAACAGAUGAGCAAGAGCCACACCUGUGGGUUGAAAGAGUCUGAAACUGGGUUCAUGUUUUCAGAUCCUCCAGGACAGAAAGUCAUGAUGAGAAAUGCUGCUGACAAGGAGAAGGAUUUAUUACACGUGGAUACCAGGAAGAGACUGAGCACAAUUGAUGAACUGGAUGAAUUAUUCCCGAGCAGGGAUUCCAACGUGUUUAUUCAGAAUUUUCUUGAAAGCAAGAAGGAGUAUAAUAGCAUAGGUGUCAGUGGCUUCGAGAUCCGCUAUCCAGAAAAACAACAAGAUAAAAAAACCAAGAAGUCCCUGAUAGGCGGAAACCACAGUAAAAUUGUUGUGGAGCAGAGGAAGAGUGAGUAUUUCGAACUGAAGGCAAAACUUCAGAGUUCCCCUGACUACCUACAGGUCCUCGAGGAGCAAACGGCGUUGAACAAGAUCUAGGUCAUGCAUUCUAACUUCAUACAGAGGACAUUUAUUUAAUGAUGAAAGUGCCUUUUGUUGACUUCUAACUCCCAAAUACUAUAUUAUCAAUAGGCAUAGAGGCAGGUGUUUCCAAGGUUGUCUCAUUAACUGUAGCUGCAAAGAUGUAUCAAGUAGAAGAGAAUUUCCUUAAUAGAUUUUACUACAGAAAACCUAUACUGUGGAGUCCUGUGGGGAUACUGCAAAUUCUAUUGCCAAAGGGAUGCUUUAUACACGUAAUACACUGAAUUUAACCUCGAGAGGCAAAUUCGUUUUGUACCCCAAUACAAAACCUUCGUCUCUUUGUGCUUUGUGAAGCAAGCUCAAGAAAACUGGUACCAGUGUUUGUACUUCAACUGGGUCCUUCAUCUUGCACGUAGAUUAAGUUGGUGGAACUGGAAUAAUCCUUUUGAUUUGUGGCAUUGUAACAACUCUGUGUAAAGAUUAUCUGAAAAGUGUAAAAAAAAAAAAAAGCAUGCAAAGAGAGAACAUUCGAUAGUAUUUGUAAAUCGGUAACCUUUAUGGCCUGCAUCUUGAAACCGCUGGAUUUAUAACGUUAAAUUGUGCAGAUACUUGUUUAAAAUAUACCAUGCAUUAAGUAUAAAAUAAAUUUGAACACUUUAAGCAUUACCUGUCUAUACAUAAAAUCCUAAAAGAGAAAAAAAACCCCACGUGAGUAACAUAGCAUUUGUGGUGAUCUGAAGAAAUGCGUGAUGUUUAUCAAAAUUAAAAAAUGGCUCAAAUUAAUCUAACCCUAGAGUUUGUUCUCAGUUAUGUGAAAACCCCACAAUCCUUAAAGGUUGUCCAAAAUUAGCAAAGUGCUUACCGUGUGAGCGCAGUCAAAGCUAUUUUUGUAACAUAAUUCAUAUUUAUGAAGUACUUUGUAUACUAAAUAGGAAAAUAUGUACUCCUUAAAAAUGUAUUUACUAUGCUUGACUUAUUUUCCUGAUCACAGCAAAUUUAUCAGUAAGUGUAAAAUUUAGAUAGAAAAAAAUACUUAACUGAAAUGAAAGCAAAUGGUGUACAGAAAUAUUUUGGACUUUGUGAUCAGGUAUAAUUUAAAAUUAGAAAAAAAAAGUUUAAAAAAAUCAAAAAAGAAACAAAAAUACAAAGAAUAUAAAAAUAAAAAUCAGUUUUGUGCUAUUCUUGUGAAUUUAACAUAUUAUAUUCAGAUUUGUUAACAAGUGUGCAUUUUAAAAUAGGCUCCUUAGUUUCAUAGUAUUGUGUCUAGAGCACUGGUCAUUUGCCAUCAGUUGUCUUGCUUUUCAGGAUUCUAUGAGAUUAAUUCAAGUAGUUUUCACUAUGAGUAUUUAAAACAACUAAUGACUAAGCUUAAUAGUAUCUUGUAUGCAUCUGUAUCCUGGUCUUUCAUCAUUAUGACUACUAUCAGAUAAUCUAGUAGAACUACAAACAUCAUAGUAGUCUCGGCUAUCAAAGCCACACUGUAACAUUUGCAUUGGACGCAGAUGAGCUCACAGUCUGCAACUACAGUGAUAUGUCCCUGUGUUUGCUCAUGCUGUUAAAUUGUAAGUAAAAACUGGUCAAAGGAAUUAAGUAUUUGAGAACAGGUUAAUAUGUGAAGAAUUUUAAGAGCUCCCAAUUGCAAAGUGAUA